AUGAACGCGAGCUUCCUGAACCACAGCGGCCUGGAGGCGGCGGGUGGCUUGGGCGGCGGCGGCGGCGGCGGGGUCGGCGUGGGGAACCGCAGCCACGGGCUGGGCACGUGGCUGGGCUGCUGCCCUGGGGGCGCGCCGCUGUCCGCCAGUGACGGGGUCCCCGCGGGGCUGGCUCCGGAUGAGCGCAGCCUGUGGGUGACGCGCGUGGCGCAGAUUGCCGUGCUCUGCGUGUUGUCGCUCACCGUGGUCUUCGGCGUUUUCUUCCUGGGCUGCAACCUGCUCAUCAAGUCGGAGAGCAUGAUUAACUUUCUGAUGCAGGAGCGCCGGCCUUCCAAGGACGUGGGCGCUGCCAUCCUGGGGCUGUACUGAGCGCCGCCUCGGCCCGCCCUCGGCAGCUUGGCUGGAAGAAGACGGAGAAGGGAGCCCAGGACCCUGGUUCCUCCUCCCCGGGCUCUGCCGCCGCCUCUCGGCGGGCAGCGCGAGGGGCAGCGACGUGCCUCCGUGCGCCCGGGCCCGGGCCACUGCGGGACCUUAGGCGGCGGCGCGGGAAGGGACUUCCACACCCAACUCGGUCCU